CGGCUCGCGCCAGUCCGCCCUGCCCGGCCCUGCCCGCCGUCCCCGGCCGCCGCGCCCUCCCGGCGCCGCCCCCUCCUGUAAAUACCGUGGCGGCCCGCCCUCCGCAGGUGGGAGCGUGCGGCGGGGAUCGGCGACCUGCCCGCUGCCCGCUGCCCCGCUGAGCGCCUACCCCAAACCCGCAGCGGGCUCCGGGGAAGCGCGUUCGCUAGACGAAGCCGCAGGUAAGCGACUCCGGACCCCGAGCCUCGCCGCGUCCCGGGCGAGGUUGCCGGGAGCUGCGCCAGCGCCCCGCGCGCUAACCUGUGCCCGAGAGAGCCGCGCGCCCAGCCCCCGGGCUCCCUAAAACCCACGGAGCUGUUUCCCGGAGAGACGUUCGCCUUUUUGCCUGGACCCCCAGCCGCACCAGAGCUUUGGAAGUUCUUCGGUGCUACUGAAUCGGAGAUGCCCUUAGGAAAAGGGAUGGGGUGCGAGGGGGCGAGCUCGGCUCUGCGAAAUUAAGUUGGUAUUUGGAAAAGGUUAAAUUUUCUAUUAGUGUAGAUGGCUGCGUGUCUGGCUGUGAGUUCGCGUAUGGAGAGAAUAGACAGACAGACUGACCCACACGUUAUUUUGCUUCAGGGAUUAACAUCUGUGCUUACUCCACUAGGCCACGGAAAGAAGCUAAAAUCCAGUUUGGGGCUUCUGUUUUCUUUACUGGUAUUUGGGGAUUGGCCUUGAGAUGGUCGAAGCCUUGCGACUCACUUCAAAACCGAAGGUCCCGGGAACGCAGUGAAUUCCUGACAGGGCUUUGUAGCAGAGAAUCACCCUCAUAGCAGAACCAGCAAAAGGGAUAACACGAUUCAGAAACUUUAAAAAAUAUUAGUAAAGUCCUUUACAUCUUUGUAAAGGACUGCACUCAUUUUCAUAAAUAUGCUUUGUCCAAGUUUAAAAAUAAAAACUUAUUUCCCUCCUACACUUCCUUUUUUCUUCAACUUCCUUUUGGUUCUUUAGUUUUUCCUGGAAAAGCACUUCCUCAUGUAAGACAGGCUGUUCGCUUUCCUUACCCUAACUGACCCUGCUUGGUCACGGUUUGGGUUUGUCAAGGUGGCACUGGCCUCUGUCUUGAGCUCCUUCAUGUGACCAUGGAUGCAAAGGGCAGAAGGUAUUUCAAAGGUUUCCUUUCCUUGAGCACUGAAGACAGUCUUCACGCUAGGAGUGUCUUCAAGAAUGCCCCAACCUGAAGGGUCCUGGUAAAAUACCCGCCUGUUAGAGUAAACAGGUAACUGGAUAGUGAAGUCGGUCUGUGUGUACCAGACCACUAGGAAACAGCUGCUCCGGGUUUAUUUAACAUGUGAUACCCGUGUAGAACAGGGCUUGGGUGAUCUUGUGAAGGUGCUUUCUCACUUGAUUUCACUCAUACUCUUCUUACAAAGUCAAGUUCUAUUGCCGUUUAGUGCUUUGUAACUGUCGAUUUUAUCACCUGUUUGUUUUUAACAGCCUCAACCUCUUUGUGGAAGUGGGUGGAGCCAAGGAGGAGGGCAAGUGAGAGGCUGUUGGUCCACCAGGCAGACAAGGACCCGCCUCACCGGCUCCGCCACCCUCCCCUGGGUCAUCAUCCCCAGGCCCCAGCAUCCAGGUGCCCAGAUUCCAGGCCAAGGAAGCCCCUGCGUGAGAACUCAAGAAUCACAUUUUGACAGAAAGCUGUGGACAGCACUGGAGGGAAAGGAGCACACCCCACCCCUCCCUGGGGCAGGGGCCUCUUCUGGCCAUGUCUCCUGCAGCAGCCGAACCCCGUGGGGCCCAGCAAGACAGGCACGUCAGCAUGCUCAUUUUCUUCCUUUUCGUCUCUGGUGCCAUCCUGCUGUUUGUAGGGGUCCUGCUCUCCAUCUUCGGGUUCCAGGCGUGCCAGUACAAACCCCUCCCGGACUGCAGCGUAGUGCUGAAGGUCGCCGGGCCUGCGUGUGCCAUGGUCGGGCUGGCAGCUGUGAUCCUGGCCCGCUCCCGGGCACUGCGUCAGUUCCGUGAGGGGCGCCUUCAAGGCCACCAGGCAGACCCUGACCAAGCCUUCAUCUGCGGAGAGAGCCGCCGGUUUGCCCAGUGCCUCAUCUUUGGAUUUCUCUUCUUGACCAGUGGCAUGCUCAUCAGCAUACUGGGCAUCUGGGUCCCUGGCUGUGGCCCAGACUGGGAACAGGAGGCGAUGAAUGACACAGACACUGCUGAUGAGGAGCCCCAGAUCUGUGGGUUCCUGUCCCUGCAGAUCCUGGGGCCCUUGAUCGUGCUCAUGGGAUUGUGUUUCUUCGUGGUGGCCCAUGUUAAGAGGAGAAACAACUUGAGUGAGGAGCAGCACGCCUCCGAAAGUGAAGAGAGACAGACCCAGAGCACGGAGCCUGUCCAGGUCACCGUAGGCGAUGCUGUGAUAAUAUUCCCGCCCCCUCCACCACCUUACUUCCCUGAGUCUUCAGCUCCUGCAGCACCUCGAAGUCCUACGGCUAACAGUUCGCUUCCAAAUGAAAGUCCACCUUCCUAUUACAGUAUCUUUAACCAUGGCAGGACCCCGACCCCUGAGGGCCAAGGCGGGGCCCCUGCGAGGGAGCACGUGCCCAUAUACACUAUUUCGGGGGCUCCCCUGUCCUCCGAGAGCGCACACACUCUGCAUCUCUCAUCUGAAUUGCCUCCCAGAUACGAAGAAAAAGAAACUGCUACAGCCACGUCCUCGUCUCCCCCUCCUCCACCUCCUGCACCGUGAACUAUGGACUCCCCUUCAGUUUUAUAUAGAACCGAUCACUAUUUUAUUUAACUUGUUUUUUAAUAAAAAAUACAAUU